GGUAGUUUUAACAUCUUGUUUGUGUAUCCUUCGCUGUCCUUUGAAGUACUUGCUCUUGUUUUGCACAAGUGAAACCCACGCCACGGUUGUUCUCCAGUUGCUGCUGCGCACGCGCUUCAACAAGGCGCAGCAUUUCAAGGGUCGGGGCGCGUGAUAACCAUAGAGUUAAUGCCUCCACGGUGUAAAUCAGCGAUGAAAGUGAUAUCGACCCAUAAAGCAGCAGUACGCGGCGGCUGGGCGGCAGUGUGAAGGUGGCGCUCAGAUUUAGUGUACGUGUGUGUCGAGUCGCCUGCACCUGGCGCUGCGCUCCCUGACUCCACUCACUGCUUGGCGGCACACUGAAUAUACCUCCAGGUGGACGCGUCGCGGCUUCCAGUCCCAGUGUUCAUCUCCACACCUGAGAGGCGCCCAGGCGGGAACAUUCGUGGCGGUGAUGCCGUGCGUGCAAGUGCAGAGGCGAGGAGGCGGCGUGGUGCUGAUGGUGAUGUUGGUGACGGUAACGCUGGGAACGCUGUGUGGAUUCCUUUCCAUCAGCACAAUGCAGAGCGCUCGCCUUCCACGAGGCAACAUGAUGGCCCCGCCCGCGGCAGGAGAGGCACUGAGCGGGGGCUGGGGCGGGGGCUCGGCGUGUUCACCACACAAGCGUAUCCUCAUCUGGACAUCGUUUUGGGGAGAACAGAGCUUCGCCUGGGAGCAAAUCUUCUUCAGGCAAGUGUCCCGCCAGUGCCCGGAGAGCAGGUGUGAGCUUGUGUACGACCACCGACUCCUUGACUCUGCCGCCGCUGUGGUCUUCCACCCGGGAGACAUGAAACCUUCUUACUCUCUCCCCGCGAGCCGCCCGCCAGGACAGCCGUGGAUAUUCCUCUCCUUUGAAUCUCCCUCUACGGUGGUCAGUAAGGUGAACUUGGCUCGUCUCGGCGGAGUCUUCAACUGGACCAUGACGUACAGACGAGACUCCGAUGUGGUGGUACCGUACGGCCUGCUGCUGCCUCGCGCCGCGCCCCUCCACCUUGAGAAAGACUACUGGGCGAGCAAGUCAAGCAAGUUGUUGGCGGCGUGGACCGUGAGCCACUGUAACACGGAGUCUCGCAGGGAGUGGUUCGUGAAGGAGUUAGUCAAACACGUGGCCGUGGAUGUGUUCGGGAGGUGCGGGACUAAGAAGUGUGGCAAGAACCUUUCUGUGAGGACCAUAAGAACAUUCAACCAGACGGAAUGCAACAACGAGAUCGAGAAGUACAUGUUCUACCUGGCCUUCGAGAACUCCAUUUGCCUGGAUUACAUCACGGAGAAGUUCUAUCAAGCCCUGACGCUGGAGGUGGUUCCCGUAGUGUUGGGAGGCGGACCCUACGAGGACAUUGCUCCUCCUCACUCCUACGUGGAUGCCCUCGCCUUCCCCUCACCCAAGCACCUCGCCAAGUACCUCAAGAGAGUGGCAAACGACCGCGAUGCUUACAACGGGUUUUUCGCCUGGAAGCAACACUACACAGUGGAGUUGGGUCACCCGUUCUCGCCCCUCGUGUGUGACCUCUGCGCCAAACUUCACGACCCCGCCAGCCUCUCUCCCCCCAACGCCACCAGGAGCCCCAUGGAGCAGGCUGGGGUGCUCGGGGCAGUGCGGGGCCGGGACGGGAAUGGCAGCUACUCAGACAUUCAUUCGUGGUUCGUGCGGGGCAGUGGGUGUCGCCGGUGGUGGCAGAGUGCUGAGGACCGCAGGAAGCACAUCCACAGAUAAUGACACGCUUGAUAGAAGCUCAGAGUCCAAUAGUUUUCCGGCUGAGUUUUUCUGAUCUCCAACUGCAUUCUUGUCUUAUUGGUGUCUUAUUUCAGUUACUUCUAAU